AUGGAUUCAACGCCGACGUUCAACGAUUUAUACUUUUGUAACCUUGGUACCUUCGACUCGCUUGAUAACAACACUCGUAAUUGCUAUUUGAAUUGCGUAAGCCGAAAUUGCAUGAGAAUCCCUCGAAAAACGCUCGAGUCAUGUUAUCGGCGUUAAUUAUCAUUGAUAUUAGACGAUUACAUUAUACAAUAACAUUGGGUACCUAAUGACUAAUAUUAAAAUAGUAAUUUAUUCUUGUUUACAGCGUUUGGGCGUUAUCAUCGGCUGAUAUCAUAAUCACCAAUCAUCGGUGGAUUUCUAUACGUGGGCUACGUUUUUGACAACUUCUACCAUAAUCAACAACUUACUACGACCUGCGUCCGAUUGUCACUCGACUACUCGAGAGUCGAGAGUCCACCACUAAAAAGUAUAGAGUUCGCUUUGUCCAUGUCCGUCGCUGCAAUAGUCGAUCGUCGUCCUUAAACGAUAUUUGUCUCUCGUUCCUAGUUUUACUUGUUGUCUGUUUUCGAUCGAAUUGUCGUCGUGUUUCGCGUACGUCUCGAUUCGACAGUAACGUCCGUUUUGUUUUUUUUGCCGUGACAACGGAGGUCCCAAAGUGCGAAACCAACGAUGACCAGACAAAUGUGCAACAAACUCCAAACGGCGGAGUACCACCGCAACCUCCUCCGUCACCACCACCACCGCCGCCGCCGCAACAAUCGACACCGGAACCAAAACAAUCUACAGACGAAAAACCCCUAGAUCCGUCGAUGAAGGCAGUAAGCGUCUUACUUGCAUUUGUCGUCGACGAUUAUUCACAAUGUGUGAAAACCCUCGACCUCAUAGUUUGGCCUUUGUUAGAAUUUUUCGAUCGGAAAUUUUUGUCCAUCCGGUCGUUUGGCGUUUUUUAAAAAACGCCGUGUCACGUUCCGAAAUAUAACUUUUUUUUUUUUGUUGCCCCGCGUUAUCGGUUCUCGUUGAACGGUGAGCGAAAAGUCAGCUGUCGCACUGUUGAAUAUAAUAAUAUUAUAUAUUCCCAACUUUGAACCGUCUUUGAAUAAUAAUGUCUAUUCCAUUCGUUUCUCGGCCACUAUAUUUAAUGAGUUAAUAUUUAUUCGAUUUCAUGACGAAUUUUGUGUUAAAACAUUUUAAUUUUUAACAUUAUACCAAUCUCACAUAUGACAUGGUACCUGUUGACUAUUGUACCUACCUAUUAUGUUUAUUUUGUGUUGUGUACGCACAUUUUACUAAUUCUACAGUUUAAUGUCAUUGGUUUAAAAAUAGAACAACAUAAUAUUAUUUAUUGUAGAGCUAACUAAUAAAAUGUGUGUAUAUUGUUUUAUCUUGUACAUCCCAGUAAAAUGUUUGUUUUAUUUUUUACUUUGUGAUCAGCACAUAGUAUUGCAUUAAAUGUUUACCUAAUGUAAAUUGAUAAUUUGUACAAUAAUAAUAUUCAUAUUUUUUCAACUUUCAAAUUGACAUUUUAUUUUAUAGACAGUUAUUAUUGAAUCCAGUACGUUUCUCCUACUGGAAUAAUUCCCUUCCAGAAAAAAAAAUUUAAAGUAUAUACUUAAAUACAAAACAAUAGGUAUAUAAAUGCAAAUAAAUAUGUAUACAUUUUAUUACAUACAUAUACAAUUAAUAAUUUUUUUUUAUCAUUAUUAAUAUUUAAAAUAUAAAAAUUAUUAUUUUUUUACUUUGGGUAAAACUAAUAUAGUAUCUACAUAUUUUUGAAUCUAUUAUUAUGUAUCUAUGCACACUAGUCCCUAAUAAAACAAUUAUAAAUGUAUAAAAUAAAUAAUAUAUUACCUAUAUUAUUAAAAUUAUGUGUCCUAUUAAUUUAGAAGGGAAAUGAUUGGGUGGAGGUACUUCCAGUACUACUAAAACAUUUGGGGAGGAAACUUCUAAAUAUCGUUGCUGUUACUUGUAUUAAUGAAUCGCAAGCUAAUUUAAACCAACCUCUUAACUAUUUCAUAAACAUAGGUAUAUCUAAACAUACCUAGGAAAACUGUUCCUAUGUUAUCUUGUGCAUGUUAAAACUAGGCACCUAUAUACAUAUAAGUGUUUAUUUUCUACCUUGAUUAUUAUGAUGUAAUAAAAAUAAAUUCCAUGUUAUGUUAGGUUAUCCAUAAUAAUUUUAAUAGUAAUUAUUUUAGUCUUUUAAAAUUGGUAUUCUAAGGAUCUAUUUUUGUGUCUAUCUUAUUGCAUGUAUUUUUUUCCUUCAAUUCAUUGAGUAAAAUAAGAAAAGCCGUUUUAAAUUAUUAAUUUAUUAUAAUUGCUUAUUUUUAGGCAGCAAUGAAAAUGGAAAAUAUUUUAUCCAAUGCUAAUACAAUUUUUGGUUUGGACCAUGUAACAAAUAUCAUGAAAUAUCAUAAAAACUACCUUGAGACAUUUCUUAGUUUGCAAGAAUUGAUAAUUUAUGGAGAAAGUCCUUUGCCCAUUCAAUAUCGGCAUUACAUCGCUAUCAUGGUAAAUAUAUUUAUCAUUAAAAAAUGUUUGCUAAUAAAAAUAAUUUACGAUAUUUAUACUGUGCUAUGGCUCGUAUUAACUUUGUAUUUUAAAUUUCAAAUCCACUUAUAUUAACACUUAUUUCAAGUAUGUUUAAAUAUUAUAUUAACUAUAUUAUUCAGAAUAUUGAUUAAUAUAUGAUUAUAUAUAAAAAUUCUUAUACUCUGUUCCAUUAGAGAAUAUCAAGUUUUCUUUUGCAUCGUGGCUGUGCCAUUGCCAAACCCUAAAUUUCUAAAUCCGAAACCAGUAUUGUCUAAUAAACUGGUCGGUAAACUAGAUAUUAUCCAGAAUAUUUUAUUUUGGAACAGAGUAUAUCUACCAAUCAAAUAUUGAUUACGGUUAAUGUUAAAAAGGUAACCAACAAUUAUAUUAGGUACUUUUUUUUUUUUAUAUUAUUACAGUGAACACUAUACAAUUUCCAGUUUUUCCUAAGAUUUUCCCGGUUUUCCAAAUGCACAGAAAAUGUAUCAUUAAUAAUUUAAAAGCGACCUUCUUUUGCAUCAAUAAGACAUAAUUUAUUUCAGAAAACAUGUUACACUUGAAGUUUGGAUUAAGUUUUCUUGUAGAAAAACGAAAUUGAAAAUAAUGUUACUUUUGUUGCUGUAAAUGUGUCCAUUUUUCCUAUGUUCCUCACUAGUUUUUCCCAAGUAUUAUGAAAACUACCAGGUAAUUUCAAAAAUGACUUCACUUGUAUUUAUUAUUGUACACUGAUUAAAUCCUAAAAAAACUGCCUUUUUGUUUUUUGAUUGGAACAAAAUUUCUGGUAGAAGAGUGAAGGAAAACUGUUCACAGACAAAACAAAAACACACAUAGUUAAACUAAUACAUUCCUUGCUAUGCACAGAAUCUAACAUUCACUUAUUUAUUUUUUAAAUUAUAUUUGUUUAGGCUGCGGGGCGUCAUAAAUGUACGUAUCUUAUUAAUUUUCACAAGAAGCAAUUUUUGGAACACGAUGGCGACCCUACUUGGUUAAAGGGUCUUAAUCAUGCACCACGAAAACUUCGUAUGCUAUAUGAGCUUAAUAAAAUAUUAGCUCAUCGACCAUGGCUUAUAACCAAAGAAGAUAUCAAAGUAUGUAUUUAAGUUAAUUAAAUAUAAUAGAAUACAUGUAUACUACAUUACAUAUACUACAUUACAUAUACUACAUUAUUGAGAUUUAAAUUUACCUUAAAAAACAAUGAUUUUAUUAAUAUUCCAUUAUAAUUCUAGUUGUUAUAGUUACUACACUAGUUAUUUAUUUUUUUAAUUUUAACAUAACACAUUGACUGCGUACGACGCCAUUUUGCGUCUAAUAUACAUUUUAUGUAAAUUGUUUAGUAUUCCUUUCACGUUACCAAAUGAUAUUUGAUUAUUAGUUUAUGCGGUUAAAAGAGUAUUUUAAAAUGUGUUGGGUUGUAUGACCAAAAUAGAGCAUUUAUUUAUGUUACUUUUUAAAAGACUUUCUUUUUAUCUCUGUUAUUUAAUAGUAUUUCAUCUGUUUUCAGAUUAUUAUUUUACAUUUGUUUGUUAUCAGUGGUGUGUAAACCCGCUUUACUAGUCAAUUAUUAAUUAUUUCCCAAUGUACAACAUGACAAAAGGUUUAAAUUUGUUUUUUCAGUGUGGUGGGCAUAUAGUUAUUUUGUUACUUUUUCUCCGUGUUUGAACCAACAUCAGUGAGGAAUCUAUUUUCACAAUAUUUCCACACAAAUAUAUUGUUACUUGUCAUGGAUAGAUAUUAGAAUGCUCCUCAAAAUCUAAAAAGGUGUUUAUCUGUAAAUUUCUCAAUCAACAUGAAAUUUAGAGACUAAACAGAUUCAAUAAUGCCAAUUAAUGUCAUGAAAAGUUCAUAAGUUUGAAAAUUGAAAAAAAUGUUUUCAUGUAUUAUAAAACUUUCUUAGUACCACAAUUAAAUUUGAAGAAAAAAGUUACAUUCACAUUGGAUUGAGAACUGCAUAAUGUCUGUAUUAAACGUGCUAAUGUUUAUGUAAUAUAUUAUGUGAUAUAGGUGAAUAAUUGUUGACUGUUUAAAAUAUGUAGUAUAUACAGUAUAAUAUAUUAUUACCUACUUAUUUACGCAUAAUGACAUAAUCAAUCCAUAAUUGCUUAUCAUUAGAUCAUUCUUAAUGUCAAUUUUAAAAUUUACUUAUUGGCUUAUUUUUAUCCAUAAUAAAUUAUAAUUUAAGUGUAUUGGUUAUAAUAAUGGUUUCCUAUAACCAAUUUAGUACAUUAUGAUUUCUUUUAAUGGUUAAAGAAUAUUAGUAAUAUGUUCAUUUAGUAUUUACAUUUCUUGAUUAUCUAAGAUGAGAGAAAAAAAUGUAUGCCCAAUACUAUCAUUUUAAUUUUAAUUAAAUCAUUUUUAGAAUUAUUUUAAUAUUUUCCAUAUUAUAAAUAUUUUUUCUAGUUAAGUACAUUUAAUAAAAGCGAUUAAUUUGUUUGCGAAAAACUAUUUUUACUUCUUGGUUUUCUUAGAAAUAUUAGUUUUAUUUUAUUUUCAAUAAUAAUAAUUUCAACAAUUUUAAAUACUGUUAUUGAUGUUUAUUAACUCUCAUAUUAUGUUCAGUGUUCUAUAAACAAAGUUUAAAUAUUUUUAAAUAUUUUAAAUGUUAGUUCAAAUUUCUAUAUCUUUCACUAUGGUUUUUUGUUUUUUUUUGUUUUUGGGUAAGCUUUCAAGUGUAGAACUUUUUCUGAGAGAAAAUAUAUAUAAAUAAAUACUAUUGUAUUUAUUUAGUUUAUAGGAUUAAAAAUUGAAAUUUAGGUAUACUAUGUCUUAUUUUAGAACAAAAGUUCCUUUUUUUCAUAAAGUUUUCAACAUUAAAAAAAUAUAAUUUAUUUUUACUUUAUCACUAUUAUUGUGUAUAUAAUAGUGCUUAUAAAGUAAUUUUAUUUUUUACCUCAAUUAUAUAUGAAGAUUUUUUUAAACUUUGAUAAAGAGUAGCUUAUAUAAUUUAAAAUAAAUAAAAUUUAAAUUGUUUUGUUUUUUUAAUGUUAAUUUUAUUGUAUUAAAAUCUAGAAUAUGAUAAAUAAUUUGUUUUAUCAUUUUAUACAUUAAAAAUUUACUUUAGUUUUCAAGAUAUAGGUUAAAAAAAAAUUGGUUUAAAGAAUUUAAAUAAAUGAUUUAAAAUUGUCCAUAAGAUUUUCCUAUACGACAACUAAUUGUAAAAAUUCUCGUACUACUAAUAAUAGGUAAAUUGUUUUGUUUUUUCUAUUACAAACUAUUAUAAUGUGAUAAUCUUUGCUUUAUAUUAUUCUGUUGCAUUCAGAAAAUAUAAGCUAGGUAAUGAUAAACUAUACAAUUGACACCAUUUUCUUUGUAUUAUACAUUGUACCUGUACAGAAAUAGUUUAAUAAAAAGAAGUAUAUACAUAUAAAUCAUAAUUUAUCUCUUUAAGAAUAUGAAGAACAUUGUUUUAUGUAAUUAAAAAACUGGUGAUGUUAAUAUUUAAAUUCAGUGAAUUUAAGUUUAAGAUUAAUCUAUUGAGGCUAAUUAUUAUUUAAUACCUACUUAUGUUAUAGAGCUUUAAAUUAUUAUAAUAAAAGAAAUGGUAAAUAAUAGUUAUAUACGGUAAUAUAAAUUUUUUGAUUUGAUACAUUUUACUAAUUUUAGUAUAGGUUUACUUUAUUGUUCACCUUUUUUUUUUCAAUUUUUUUUUUAUUUUUUUUUUUUUUGCUGAUUGGAAAUCAUUAUUUAAGAAUUUUUAGAUAUAUGAGGUUUAUGGCUUUGCAAGUCGCAAAUUUAGAUGGCUGGAGGCCAGGUCUUACAUAGGAGGUUUAAGUUUACCUGUAGGACACUAUCCUUCUUGCAAUAUUAUCAGGUUGAAAAUGUAGGUUAGGUGAAGUCAUCUCAAGCCAACCCCCUCCCCCCGCUGUGGUUUUUAUUCUUUAAUUAAUCAAAAUUAUUAUUUACUAUUUUAAAAUUAAAGGUAUUUAUAUAUUAUCACCACACCAAUACUCAAUAAUAAAUGUAUCACAGUAAUCCAGUAAUAAGAUAAAAUUGUACUAUAUAUUUAAUAUUAUUAGGUUAAGGUUAGGUUAUAUAACAUUUAUAUGAUGUCAAUUAUUAUUUUGUUGUGACAAAGCAAUACAUUUAUAAUAUUCGUAUUAAUAUAAAAUAUCAAUAAAUUAUAGUGUGGAGACAAAUUAUUAUCAUAGUUUUUAAUAAAAGUUUAGAAUUAUUAGUGGAUAAAUUUAUGAAAACAAAUAGCACUUAUGUUUAAAAGAAUUUUAUCCGGUUAGAGUUAUAAUUAACACAUUUAGUUAUAAAAUAAUAUAUGUUUGCUAAUUUAAUAUUAAAUUAUGAAAUCAAUAAUAUUAGUAGGUACUAUAAUUAAAUCAAAUAUUUACAUUACCAGUAGUUACAAAUAAAAACUUAUAUAGCUUUAUAUAUUUUUUUAAUAGAAAGUCGUCAAAGGUCCAAACUCUUGGUUAAUGUCAGAUUUGCCACAUGCCAUUGUAUUACUUGUUCAUUUUCACAGUCUGUGUAGCUUUAUUUUUGCGUGUGACUUAAAUGAUGAAAUACCACGUGCCCUUAAAGUGGCUGGUGUUUAUUGUAGUAGGCGUAGAAGUAAAACAUUUGGAGGUAUGUUUGUAUCAAAAUUAAUUUCACGAAUUGUUAAUUAUUUAAUGAUAGUUAAUUAAUAAAUGUAUGAACUAGUUAUUUUAAUAUUUAAUAGUCUUAGGUAUAUUUAAAAGCAAAUAAAUAAUAUUGUAGGUAAAUUAUGUUCUACUGAUGAAAAUGUUCUAUCUGAUGAUGGAGGUCUUGCAUCAUUAAUGGAAAAAAUGAAAAAACUUAAUGAUGUAUUGCCAGCUUCAGAACAAGAACGUAUACAACGAUAUGAGCUUGUUCAGAGUCAGUUGUGUGACAGCGAUACUUCUGCUGAUAGUGAUUUAGAUCCAGAUGUAAGACCAUUUGUUGAAGAUUCUGGAUAUUCCUACUUAGACUGCUCACGUCGACAAUUUGCUCAACAAUCUUCAUUUAUUUUGCAGGUAAUUUUAUUUUAAUUAGAUAAUUCUAUUAAUAAUAAUAAGUAUUUUGCUCUUUUUGGGUUAUUAUGCAAUUACUGAUUUUUUUUUUUAAUUCAAGUACAAAUAAGGAAAGAAAGAUAUCAUAUACAUAAAAUGUAUUAAAAAAUUAUAAACAAAUUACUAAUAAUUAUGUAAUUAUUACAAUUCGUAAAAAAUUGUUUACAUUUUGUUGUAAUUUUUCAAUUUGUGUUGAACAAAUAAUGACAUAGGUACAACCAAAUAUAUCAUAUUAUGUAUAAUGAAUAUUAUUUAAUACAUAUAAUAUUUGUUUUUAUUUUUACACUGUUUUAGGAAUUUUCUUGGGACCAUCAUGGUUACUCAUUGAUUACAAACUUUAUUAAUGAAAUUGGAUUAUUAUUGGAUAAAAAAUUUAAGACGGCUUAUAACAUGACAUAUAAUACGAUGGGUGGCUGCUCUGAUAUAGAUACUACACGAUUCCGCAGAGCUAUUUGGAAUUAUAUUUAUUGUAUUUAUGGAAUACGGAACGAUGGUUAUGAUUAUGAAGAAGUUACACAAUUGCUUCAAAGUCAAUUAAGAGUUUUCAUCAAGACUGCUACUUGUUACCCCGAACGUUUGAACAAAACACAUAUUGAAAAUGCACUAAAGCAUUUUGAAUUAAGCGAAAAGGUUAAUAUCUAACUUAUUUAAUUUCUUUAAAACAUUAAAAAAAAAAAUUGCUUAUGUAUUUAUAUUUGUAAUUGUAUAUUUAUUUUUCAGAUACAUAUUAAUUUAAUGAUUAUGGAAGCUCGAAUGCAAUCAGAACUAUUAUUUGCAUUACAUGCUAUCAUGAACUACUUGUUAUAA